AUGCAGUCAGUAUUUGACGCAGAGAGCAGAGGUCGCGUUGCUGGUUCGCGUAUCUGAUCGCCGACUCCGCGUGUUUAGAAAUAAAGUAAAAAUUUCCCGCGUUAUUUAAGUGAAUAAGUUUAUUAAUAUUCGAAUAUUUUUAACUCGAUCGAAAUAUAGUUUUGUUUUUGUUGUGAUUUUUUGUGUUUUUGUUUGCGUAAAAAUGCCGCUCGUCGCCUGAAAUAAGGACUAAGGAUUAAGUUUUUUUACGGUCACACAACCAGCACCCCCAGUUGAAAUGCAGGCACGACGGAAUCUUCUUUGGAAUCUGCUCAUAGAUCUUCCUAUCUUGUUACUAGUGGCAGCAGUAUGCAUACUUCUGGAGGUGGGGGCGCUGCCGAGUCGGCAAAGUGGUUUCCGAUGCAACGAUCCAGAUCUCUCUUUCCCGCACACGGGAGAUACAAUGUCCAUCUCGCUGGUUGCAGCUGUGACCGUCAUAGUGCCUUUUGUUAUUAUGUGGGCUGUUGAAGCUGCAUUACACAGAGACGAUGAGUACACGCUUAAGAAGAGCAAGCUGUCUGAGAGUGCGCAAAUUGCGGCUCUAAUGUACCGCGACUACAUAUACGGGGCAAUAGUGAAUUUGACUAUUAUGGAAAUAGUGAAGUGCGUAGUGGGCUCACCGAGGCCCACCUUCUUCGAUCUGUGUGAGCCGGAUAAGGCCAGCACUUGUAAUGACUCGGAGUACGUGACGAGUUACACCUGCACAUCGACGAGGUACUCCAGGUACCUGCAGAUAGAUGCCAGCAGAAGCUUCCCUUCAGCCCACACAUCCCUCGCCGUGUACUGCGGGUUAUUCUUAGCGUGGUAUCUCCAGCGGCGAGCAUUCAGCUGGCAUAACCGAUCAGUCCUCAUAGUUCCCCUAGUUCAGAUCCUAUGCAUCAUUUACGCGGUUAUCUGCCCUCUUACGAGGAUCACCGACCGAAGACACCAUUGGUGGGACGUACUUGCUGGUGCUGUUAUGGGUUUCUGCAGUGUUUUGUAUACUGUGCUUGUGCUAUGCAAGAACUUCUCUCAAACGGCUGUGGUGAGUACCAGCGACAUAUCGAGCAGUGACGGGAACAACCACCAAGCUGUCCGGCGGCUUCUGUCUCACGAGCCUAGAGUGGUAGUGCCGUAACCAGAGGCUGUGUAAAGCCUGUGGGCUUUUGACUAGGAACUUUGUGUAUGUGUGCAUAAUGUGUGUUUUAAGAAAUAACGUAAAUAAUACAAAUUUGACAUUUUAGUCGUAUUAUGGCAAAUAAGUAGAUCUAUUAAGAACUUUGCUCAUUUGAGGUAUUAAAUAUAUGACUAUGU